AUGAAGACUUUGCAGACUGCUGUUUUUCUGUUUGUGUUUGUACCUUUGGUAAAUUCAGCACCACCUAUACAGCAAGAAUCACUCCAGUUCUAUGAGUAUGAUACAGAUGUUACCAUGGGAAGCCAACAAGAUUAUGAAAUGCAAUCCAAGGAUAUAAGAAAGGAUGGAACAAAUGUUUCUCUUGACACUUCUCUAAGACUGCAAGGGGAUGAUGGAGAACGCAAUGUGCCACCAACAAAGGACACAAAUUUACCUACUUGUCUGUUGUGUGUGUGUCUAAGUGGAUCAGUGUACUGUGAGGAAAUAGACAUUGAAGCUGUCCCCCCACUGCCAAAGGAAACAGCCUAUCUCUAUGCAAGGUUCAACAAAAUUAAAAGGAUAGCAGUCUCAGAUUUUGCUGACAUUACCACCUUGAGAAGAAUUGAUUUUAGUGGAAAUAGGAUAGAAGAAAUAGAAGAUGGAGCCUUUUCAAAGCUUCUGUUAUUGGAAGAACUUUCUCUUGCUGAAAAUCGACUUAUGAAACUUCCUGUUCUACCUCCCAAACUAACAACAUUUAAUGCAAAUCAAAAUAGAAUCAAGAGCAGAGGAAUCAAAGCAAAUGCCUUCAAGAAGCUGACAAAUUUGGCCUACCUCUACUUAGGACACAACCAACUGGAAUCUGUUCCCCUUAACUUACCAGACAGCCUGCGUAUUCUUCACCUGCAGCACAACAACAUCACUACGAUCACGGAUGACACCUUCUGCAAAUCCAACAACACCCGCUACAUCCGCACAAGCAUGGACGAGAUACGGAUGGAAGGCAACCCAAUCCUCUUGGCAAAGCAUGUUAAUGCUUUUAACUGCCUGAGAACGCUGCCUGUAGGGACAUACUACUAG